GCGUCAUGGGGCGGAGCUUCGGGUGGCGGGAAGAGCGGCCACCGGAAUGGAGGUGCAGGAGAGCGGCAGUGGCCCGGCCGAGAGUGGGGCGCGGGAGCCCUCGCCUGUCCCCAGCAAGACCGCCGGCCACUACGAGCUGCCGUGGGUUGAAAAAUACAGACCCCUGAAGCUCAAUGAAAUAGUAGGAAAUGAAGACACCGUGAGCAGGCUGGAGGUGUUUGCGAGAGAAGGCAAUGUGCCCAACAUCAUCAUUGCUGGUCCCCCAGGAACUGGCAAGACGACCAGCAUCCUCUGCUUGGCGAGAGCGCUGCUGGGCCCGGCCCUGAAGGAUGCAGUUCUGGAACUCAAUGCAUCAAAUGACAGGGGCAUCGACGUGGUGAGGAAUAAGAUCAAGAUGUUCGCCCAGCAGAAAGUCACCCUCCCCAAGGGCCGGCACAAGAUAAUCAUUCUGGAUGAGGCAGACAGCAUGACGGAUGGAGCCCAGCAGGCGCUCAGGAGAACCAUGGAAAUCUACUCCAAGACGACCCGCUUCGCUCUGGCUUGUAACGCUUCAGACAAAAUCAUAGAGCCCAUCCAGUCCCGCUGUGCGGUGCUCCGCUACACCAAGCUCACCGACGCCCAGGUCCUCAGCAGGCUCAUGAAUGUCAUCGAGAAGGAAAAGGUGCCGUACACAGAUGACGGCCUGGAAGCCAUCAUCUUCACAGCCCAGGGAGACAUGCGCCAGGCACUGAACAACCUGCAGUCCACCUUCUCAGGGUUUGGCUAUAUCAACAGCGAGAAUGUAUUCAAGGUCUGCGACGAGCCCCACCCCCUGCUUGUGAAGGAGAUGAUCCAGCACUGUGUGAACGCCAACAUCGAUGAGGCCUAUAAGAUUCUUGCUCACCUGUGGCACCUGGGCUACUCACCCGAAGAUGUCAUCGGCAAUAUUUUCCGAGUGUGCAAAACCUUCCCGAUGGCUGAAUACUUGAAACUGGAGUUCAUCAAGGAGAUUGGAUACACUCACAUGAAAGUGGCAGAAGGAGUGAACUCCCUGCUGCAGAUGGCUGGACUGCUGGCCAGGCUGUGUCAGAAGACCAUGGCUCCAGUGGCCAGCUGACUUGAGACGUCCUCCACUAAUGGAACUAGGAGAGUCUCUGUGGCUGAGGCGCUGAUGUUCCUUCCGGCUUUCCUGGUGUGGGAGAUGUGCCUCAGCCUUUGCUACAACCUGCUCGAUUUGUUUAUGUUCUGUGAGAAUAGAGCCUCUGUAGCCCAGGCUGACCUUGAACUCCUGAUCCACCUCUGCCUGCCGAGCACUGGGAUUACAGGUGUGUGUCUUGUUGGCUUUCUGCGGUACUGCGGAUGGAACAAGUGCCCUGCCGGCCUGGCUACAGUGAGACUGAGCUCUGAAGGUCCCACAGGGCUGCCUCUGCACCUCUGCUCUUCAGUGUGUGGCCUCGCCUCCGGCCCUGGACGUGGGACGUGAUGGGAAAGCUCUGACCUCUACAGUCUUUGUCUUUGUAGCCGAAAAAGCCUUUGGAUGUUUGUCUUGUAAUGCUUAAUUGCUUGAGGCCUUGGGGAAACCAGUGUCUUCUCCUGCCUGGUGUACCCCGGGGCCAACAAGACUGCAGCAGGUAAAAGUGCCGGCCACACACCUGGCCUCUUGAGUUCCACCCCCAGAACCCACAAGAUAUGGAAGAGAACUGACUCUGCAGACACUCUGUGGGGCGCCAGUGUGGUGGAGCCAGCGUUUAAUCCCAGCACUCAGAAGGCAGUGGCAGGGGAUCUCUGCGUUCAAGGCCAGCCUGGUCUGCAUAGUGAGUUCCAGGACAGCCAGGGCUACAUAGGGCUACCUGUCUCAAAACAAAAAAGAUGUCUUCUGAGUCCUGUACACAUGCACAGGUAAUAAGUAAAACUGUAAAAAUCUUUAAAAAUUAAAGAAACUAAGCCAGC